ACAGCUGUUUCCUUUGUUGAUUGCACUUGAUGAAAAAAGACGGAGAAAAUGCAUACCUUGAACGAAAGAGAAAGAAAUUCUAACACCAAUCUAUCAGAUAGCACAUCACAGUACCGUUUUGGAGUAUUUGGUGUCUAUCCCAAAGUUCUACAAAAAUGCAACAACGCCUUUAUGGCCUGUUUUUGGUUAACCAUUGCAAAAAUUUUAUCAACUGUUUUAACUGCCGGAGUUGUUGGUGCUACCUUACCACAUGUUGAAAAAAGAUUUGGAUUUACUAGCAGACAAUCUUCAAUUUUCAUUGCAAUCUUUGAUUUCGCAAGCGUUCCAGCUCUAAUCUUAGCAUGCGUUCUAGGUGCUCAGUGCCAUAAACCUAGAGCCAUUGCAGUUGGUAUGAUAAUGUUGAGUCUUUCGUGCGUAAUUACAGUGAUACCUCAUUUCUCAUCAACAACAUAUAUGCCGCAAUUACAAAAUAGUGAUAACGAAACUAUAAGUCUUUGCGGUGAUUCAGAUUUCAAAGGAUGCUCAAAGGUCGGAACGGAGCUUGUUUCCACUACUCAUUGGGCGCUGGUAGCCCUAAUUUUUGCUAGAAUAUUAUGUGCCUUUGGAAAUACACCAUUGAAUACAUUGGCUUAUAAUUACAUGCAUGAUGUUGCGCCAAAGGAACAAUUUAAUAUAGCUGUCGCCGCAUUGAAUAUGUCGAUGAUGGUAGGAACAGCAAUUGGAUAUUUAGCAGGUGCUGCAACUCUCAAUUUACCACACACAUGGCCCUAUAAACCUGACUUUCCUAAAUCGAGCCCGAAUUUCGUAGGUGCUUGGUGGUUAAGCUAUAUCGUUAUAGCUGUAACCACCGCUGUUGUUGCUCUUCCUAUUGCUGCCUUUCCUAGAGAUCUGCCUGGGGCUGACUUAAUGAGGAAGAGUCGCAAAACCGAAGCUCAUAAGGGACAGGACGAUGAUGAAACUGCUAUAUUUGUUCAUUGGAGAGAUAUAGGGGGACACGCCAAAAGACUUAUAACAAAUGGUCCCUAUGUUGCUCUCGCUCUCUACUAUUCCAUUAACUAUUCCACUACGAAUGGAUUUGCUGAUUUUGCUCCAAAGCUCGUGCAGACUGGAUUUGGUCUCAGUGCACCUAGUGCUGCUGUGGCAGCUGGUUUAACUUUAGUAUUAGCCGCACCAGUUGGAACAAUAGCGGCCACAGUCCUCAGUAACAAACUAAAGUUAUCUUGUCGAACACUUAUGACAUGGGUUUGUGUUAUAUCUUUGACAGUCUGUCUCUUUGCGCCCACUUUAUUAACUCCUUGCCAAGGUUCGGAAUUGCGAAUUUCAAAUGAAACUUGCUCAGUUGGAGUUUGUAAAUGCACUGAUGCGGAAAUUCAAGCGGUAUGUGGUGCUGACGGUUAUACGUAUAAAUCAGCUUGUCACGCUGGUUGUACUUCAACCAAUUCAUCGGCGGUAAGCUUCUCCUGUUCUUAUUAAUAAGGUUAUCUUUUAUUGAUAAAUUUUGAUAAAAUUAGAUAUUCGAAGGUUGCGGCUGUACAAGUAGUCCAUCAAGGACAGCCACAGCAGGACCUUGUCCCCAUCCUGGAUGCGGUUGGAGAUUAUAUGGUUUCCUCGGUAUGGUGUUUGCUUUUUGUGCUUUACUCUUUGCUGAGCAAACAUUAGCAACAACUGCUACUGUAAGAGUUGUUGGAGCACCUCAAAGGCCUAUGGCAAUAGCCUUAAAAUGGAUUGGUAUCCGUGUCAUCAGUCCAGUUUUUGGUCCAUUUAGCAUGGGAAUCAUAUUUGAUUCAGCAUGUAAAUUGUGGAAAAGUAAAUGUGGUGCUCGAGGAUCAUGUGAUCUUUAUGACGUUAAAUCCCUUGCUCUUAAAAUGAUGGUAUUACAAAUAUUUAUACACGCUACUUCAACAGUAUUGGCGGUAAUCGGUAGAUGGCGAUAUCGCAGACCUGUUAAAACUGAUCAAAAGAAUGGCAACUGUAUCACUGAAAUGGAUAAUAUAGUCGUAGAUAAAACCAAAGAUACUCAUCAAAAUGAUAUGAAUGGUAAUGCAGAUCAUAACGAUACAAAAAUAGUUCCUUUGUUAAAUAAUCAUAGCUCAGAUAAUAGUGCCUAAGAAAAGUAUAUACUGUUUUUUCGUAAAGGAGGAUAGAUUUGUGUCUUUCUUCAAAAUUAACUAUUGUGUAUAAGUGGAUUAUACGGGUUUGUUGUCUAAGAUAUAUAUUUUAUAAAGAAAAAUGUAAUGUUUGUUAUUUAACGUUUAUACUGUUUCUAUUUAUGCCAUUACAAUGCAUACUCUAUCAAAAUACGAAAAGAAAAUAAGGGAAAAAGACUUAACGAAGAAUGAUAGAUUAUGGAAGAGAAUGAAGAAAUAAUUUAUUACAAGUAAUAAUAUUUUUUUUUUAAAAAAACAGAAAAACACAAAUGAAUAGAUUAUCUUGAGAAAUUAUUAGUUUGUUUGGUUUAUGUUGUUUUUUUUUUAUGUAUGAUUUAUUUUAGAUUCUUCCAAUGGGAAACAUGUCUUCUUUCAUUGUUUUUUUUUUGUUCAAAUUGGUGAUUGAUUGAUUGUUAUUUAUUAAAAUCUUUGUAUUGCAGAUUCUUGAUUUUUGAACAUUUUAAAAGUAUAAUAAUACAUUAUUUAAUCUUUUAGUAAAACGGGGAAAUAUAUAUUAAUCUUAAAUUUAGUUGUUAUUGGCUUCUUCUUCUUCGUUUUGUUCCAUACCUUCACCUUCGCCUGCAUCUUCGUCAUUAAAGAUAUUAGCAAUUAGGAGUGGGAGACCAGUUAAAAGUUGUUGAGAUGAUAAACUCUCGGCGCUAUUAUUUAAUUGGGUUGAAUAGUAAUUCUUUAUUAGAUCAUUCGGAAUUAUCAUUCCGCAAUAAUCGUUACUAUCUUCAUCCAAGAAAUUCAUUUGAAAAUUUCCAGCUUCAUUUGGAGUUUCCGAUUCUUUUUGUUUAAUCGCCUCAAAACCUUGAACAAUAUAAUGCUCAGUAUACGAUUUUAAAGUGAUAACUUCUUUCAAAUGUUCACAACUUUGAAUUAAUAGACGUAUACUUUUUGAAAAUGGUUGUUUAACGUGCCUUCUUAAAACGCAGGAACAAAGAACUGAAAGAGGUCUUACUAGGGGUAGUUCGUUACUUCUAAGCCAAUUUACAUCCAUUGUGAUCCUAUUGUCUAGCGAUAGCCACAUAAGUGAAGCAAUUCUCUUGUCAACGUUUCCUCUAAAAACAAAUUUAAAUAAAGUACCAUGUUUUAUAAAUAUGGAUAGCACAGAUAUUAUAGAAAGUGUAACGUGAGCUCGGUUAAAUUCGUUGCCUCCAGAAUGGAGCUCAUCUAAACAAGUAAGGAAAUAAUCUGUUAAAUAAUCCAUAGGCAAUUCGUAAUGUGUUGAAAAAUUGACAACAAUAUUAAUAAAUUUCAAUAAUUUUAAUGGUUCAAAAUAAGGUAAAAGAAUUGAACCAGUUUCUAGUAAAUCUUUC